GCUCCAGCCCCGCACCUCCCGCGAUGGCCCCGGCCAUCUGCACUCGCCUAGGCCGCAUCCUCUGGCUUGCCUGCCUCCUGCCCUUAGCACCGCCGAGGGUGGCUGCAGGCCUGUAUGAACUCAGUCUCACCACCGACGGCCCUGCCACCACAGGAGCAGAGGUGACCAUCUCAGCCAGCCUGGAGGCCAAGGACAAUGGCAGCUUGGCCCUGCCUGCUGAUGUCCAUGUCUACCGUUUCCUCUGGAUCCACACCCCACUGAUGCUCACUGGCCAGGUGGAGGAGGACCGCAGCUCAACCAUCAGCGUGGUGGGCAACGUGCCUGGGGACUUCCCAGUCUCUGUCUGGGUCACUGCUGCCAACUGCAGGAUGUGUCAUCAGGUGGCCAGGAGCUUUGUCGUUGUCUCCAUCACAAAGUUCCUCAUGGGGAACAUCGUGGUCUCUCAGAACACCUCCCUGCCCUGGCCCAGCUCCUACCUCACCAAGACAGUCCUGAAAAUCUCCUUCCUUCUCCAUGACCCAAGCAACUUCUUCAAGUCUGCCUCCUUUCUCUACCGCUGGGACUUCGGAGAUGGGACCCUGCUGGUGACGGACAACUCCGUGGUCUAUUAUAACUAUUCAGUCAUUGGAACCUUCACGGUGACGCUUAAGGUGGUGGCUGAGUGGGAGGAGGUGAAGCCAGAUGGCACUACAAAGGGCAUUGUGCAGAAGACCGGCAACUUCUCCACCUCGCUGAAGCUUCAGGAAACCCUUCGAGGCAUCCAGGUCUUGGGACCUACCCUAAUUCAGACCUUCCAAAAGAUGACUGUGACCUUGAAUUUCCUGGGGAGCCCCCCUCUAACUGUGUGCUGGCGGCUCAAGCCCGAGUGCCUCCCACUGGAGGAAGGGGAGUGCCACCCUGUGUCUGUGGCCAGCACGGCUUACAACCUGAGCCAUACCUUCCGCGAUCCCGGGGACUACUGCUUCAGCAUUCGGGCUGAGAACGUCAUCAGCAAGACGCAUCAGUACCACAGGAUCCAGGUGUGGCCUUCCAGACUCCAGCCGGCUGUCUUUGCUUUCCCGUGUGCCACGCUUAUCACCGUGAUGCUGGCCUUCAUCAUGUACAUGACCCUGCGGAAUGCCACUCAGCAGAAGGACGUGGCGGAGGUGGCUGAUUUUGACUUUUCCCCUAUGUCUGACAAGAACCCGGAGCCGCCCUCUGGGGUCAAGUGCUGCUGCCAGCUGUGCUGUGGGCCCUUCUUGCUGGAGUCAUCAUCUGAGUACCUGGAAGUUGUCCGAGAGAACCAUGGGCUACUCCCGCCCCUCUACAAGUCUGUCAGAACGUACACAGUGUGAGCACCCCACCCCAGCCCGUAACUGUGUUCACUGAUGGCCAGACUGGAGCUUCAGGCAGGGUGGUGUGUCACUGAGAAGGAGAGACCAUGUGGCCAAUUGCCCAUCCAUCUGUACAGUCUGGCUGCUGCCGCGAGACCCUUGCAGCCACCUCCCCAGCCAUCUGCCCAUCUGUAUAGUGCAGCCACUGCUGUGAGCCUCUCUCGGGCAGCCCCACCCCACCCUGUGCCAAACAGGACUCUGACACUUGGUGUGUUACCUUGGGAUUCUCCCACGGUGCCUGGCUGCCCCUCACCCAUUCCUCUCCCAUUGGCAUAUCUGCCAUCGGGGGCUCACAGUGCCCUUCCUGGGGAAGCCAUGUCUGUGCCAGAGCUAGGAAGGAGUUCACAGAUGGUCCAGGAUGCAUAGCGAAAGGUUGUGCAGGCAGCUGGGCGCACCCUCAGAGAGAAGGGCGUAUGUGUGCGCAUGCACACACGCACACACACGCGCGCGCGCACACACACACACACACCACAGAGAUACACACUUGUCAUGGAUCAUCUCCAUGAUUCACUCUGUAUCGGUGAAUUGCUAUUGCUGCAGAGCACUUGAACUAGAACUCAGAUGGCAGAACUAGAACUCAGGUGACACCUGAGUUCCCCCUUGGCCCUCCAUCUCCUGGGUUGGGCUCUCCCUUUAUGUUUCAUCCCUGCCUCUCCUUGUCCCCAUUUUUUUUUUUUUUUUUUUUUUUU